AUGGAAGAUGUUUCGGUGGUUCUGCCCGACGCUUCGUUGGAUUUCCCUGGGAUACUAAGGUGUGGUCAUUUUGCGAUUUAUGAUUGGCAUAGUGGUCGUUUAGCUGCUGAGUUUGCUAAGCACCUUCACCUUAACGUUCUAUCAGCUGGCUUACCACGUGAGUUGGUUUCCGGAAAACCGAUGAGUUGCUCCUCUAAGAAAGUGUUUCAGGUUUUUAUUGCCAACAUUGGUGAUGCUAAGACUGUUUUUGCACGAUCCUCUACUACCAACGAAUCAGGGAAUCAUACAGAAGCAUGUACUCCACUCAAAGCAAUUGUUUUAACCAGAGAGCAUAAAGCAAUUUAUCCACAGGAGCGUUCUCGCAUUCAAAAGGUUUUUCUCUAUGAUGAGCAAGACAAGUGA